AGGUAUGCUUCACGAAUGUUUAGAUUCAGCUGUCUAUGCCGUUUGCGCGAUUCUGUAUCACUGGUGACAAAGAUAAGAGGAUGCCGACACGAGGACCGAGCGUUCGAUCGAUCAGUCGUUCCCUCGAAGGCCUCGCUACCAGUGAUCAUGUCGAGUGAACAGGAUAUCAGAAGUUACUUCGAAACCGCCAAGGAGUUAACUUUAAAAGCUGGCGUGCUAUUCAAAUCUGGCUUCGAAGGACAGAAAACCGUGCAGACCAAGGAUAACGAGUGGGACCUGGUAACAGAAUAUGACAAAAAAAUCGAAGAGCUGUUAACCAGCGGUCUGAAGGAGAAAUUUCCUGAUCAUGAAUUUAUUGGAGAAGAAAGCGCGGCUGAGACGAAAGAACCGCCAGUGUUAACGGAUAAGCCAACAUGGAUCAUAGAUCCCAUAGACGGAACAGUGAAUUUUGUUAAUUCAUUUCCAUUCACUUGCAUAUCAGUGGCUUUGUCAAUUCGCAAGGAUAUUGUGAUAGGGAUCAUUUACAAUCCGCUGAGUUCCGAAUUGUACACUGCGAUCAAAGGACAGGGAGCGUUUUUAAACGACAAACUUAUCAGGACCACUCGAGUCACUGAGUUAAAAAAAUCUUUGAUAGAAAUAGAAUUGUUUUCACUUCAAUUUCCAUCGAGAAAUCGAGAUAUCAAAAUGGGCAGAUUGGAAGCUUUCAUUAAGGCUGCACGAGGGGUCAGAUACACGGGAUCGGCAACAUUGUCCAUGGCAUACGUAGCAAAAGGUGCACUGGAUUGUUUUCAAAUGGACAACCUUAAAGCUUGGGACGUUGCAGCUGGAAUACUGCUCGUGUGCGAAGCAGGUGGCUCGAUAAUGGACACGAAAGCGGACCAGUAUGAUCUUAUGAAGCCAAACACAAUUGCGGCGGCAACCGAAACGCUGGCCACGGAAAUAAAACAAUUAGUUCUCGACACCGACCUGAAAAUACUGCGGAAAAGAUUGACGAAGAUGUAAUCAUAUUUCUAAUCACGUUCCUCAAGAAUGAACAUCAAGUAAUAGUUUAUCAUAAAUAGAAUAAGCGAUUCAUUGUAUGACGAAAAGAAUGAUAACUCGACUGUAUUGUGGUGAAAACAAUAAAAGUAUUAUUAUAUUUUUAAUCAUUUUAAA